AUGUGCUCCACGCCCUGGCUGCCGACGCCGGGGUCCUCGUUGGUCCUGCAGGUGUCCUUCGUGGACGUGCAUCCUGAGGUGAUCCCAGUGCAGCUCUGGGGGCUGGUGGGCCAGCGGCAGGACGAGUACCUGCGGCUGCACCGGGAGAUCCAGGAAGCGGCGGCCACGUGCGGCCCGUGGGGGCUUGGCGGCGCCUUGUUCUCGCCGGGGGAGCUGUGCCUGGUGCAGGUGGGGCUCUUGUGGUACCGCUGCCGCGUGGUUAGCCACCAGGCACAGGAGAGUCGCGUCUUCCUGCUUGACGAGGGCCGCACCAUCACGGCCAGCGCGGACUCACUGGCGCCGGGGUGCAGCGAGUUCUUCCACCUGCCCUCCGCGGUGCUGGGCUGCGUGCUGGCCGGCCUUGUGCCGGCGGGCGGCGGCAGCGCGGGCGGGGACCAGUCCCAGUACUGGCCGUCCAGUGCUGUGGACUUCCUUAGCAACCUGCAGGGCAAGGAGGUGCACGGGCGGGUCCUGGACGUGCUGCUCCUCCAUCGCCUGGUUCUCCUGGAGGUGCCCAGUGUGUUCCAGCAGAUGCAGGAGCUUGGCCUGGCCCGGCAAGUACCCAACAGUCUCUUCCGCUUGCUACUCAAACCCUACCUCACCACGGCCGCUGCUGGCAUGGGCGCCGAGCCCCCAGGCCUCCCGAGAAUCCUUCCCAAGCAAGAGCAGCCUGGCCUGGAUUACUUCUAUCCCCAACUGCAGCUGGGCAUGACGGAGCCCGUGGUGGUGACCCAGGUGUGCCACCCCCACCGCAUUCACUGCCAGCUCCGGAGCCUCUCACAGGAGAUCCACCGCCUGUCCGAGAGCAUGGUGCAGACAUACCGGGGUUCCACGGGGACAAGCGAUGAGAACUCCAGUAGCGCCACGUGGCACGAGGGAGAGGAGAGCCCAGAUAAGCCGGGCUCUCCGUGUGCAUCCUGUGGAUGGGAUGGGCACUGGUACAGGGCGCUCUUGCUCGAGACAUUUCCGCUCCAGCGCUGUGCCCAGGUGCUUCACGUGGACUAUGGAAGGAAGGAGUUGGUGAGUUGCAGUAGCCUCCGCUACCUGCUGCCUGAAUAUUUUCGAAUGCCUGUGGUGACCUACCCUUGUGCCCUGUAUGGACUCUGGGACCGUGGGGGAGGCUGGUCUCGGUCACAGGUGGGUGACCUGAAGACACUGAUCCUGGGCCAGGCAGUGAAUGCAAAGAUCGAGUUUUAUUGUUCCUUUGAACAUGUGUAUUAUGUCACCCUGUAUAGAGAAGAUGGGAUUAAUCUUAACUGUGCGUUCGGCGUACAGUCCUGUUGCUUGGUGGACAGAUUCCUUCAGGGCCAGGGAAGAGAGGAGGAAGAGGAGGAGGAAGCAGAAAGGGGUCUUCACUCUCAGUCUCCUGCUAAAGAAAUGGAAGAAGAUAUUUCACUCCCAGCCUUAAAAUCUAUCCAGUUAAAGAUAAAUGCCUUCUAUGAUGUCCAGGUAGAGUUUGUUGAAAAUCCUUCUGAGUUUUGGAUUAGGUUGAGGAAACACAAUGGCACCUUCAGCAAAUUGAUGAAGAGAAUGUGCAGUUUCUAUUCUUCAGCCAGUAAGUUGGAUGGUGUAGUUCUGAAACCUGAACCUGAUGACCUCUGCUGUGUCAAAUGGAAAGAAAAUGGCUAUUAUCGGGCGAUCAUCACCAAAUUAGAUGACAAGAGAGUGGAUGUGUUUUUAGUUGACCAAGGCAACUCAGAAAAUGUGGACUGGCAUGACAUGAGGAUGCUGCUGCCUCAGUUCAGGCAAGUCCCCAAACUGGCUCUGAAGUGCACACUAGCUGAUAUUUGGCCUUUGGGAAAAAACUGGAGCGAGGAAGCAAUUUCCUUUUUUAAAAAGACUGUGCUCCACAAAGAAUUAGUUAUCCAUGUCCUUGCUAAGCACAAUAAUCAAUAUGUUAUUGAGAUUCUGGAUGAAUCAAGAGCAGGGGAAGAAAACAUUAGUAAGGUAAUUGCACAAGCUGGAUAUGCCAAGUAUCAGGAAUUUGAAACAAAGGAAAAUAUUCCCUUAAGUGCCCACUCUCCAGGGCAUGUUUCAAACCAUUUUACUGUGGAAAAUAACAAAACAUCCUCUGCCAAGAAGAUGGAGGUAGAACAAAAAGCCAAGAGGAAUAAUAAAACUACAUCUGUUUCAGAAGUUUUGACUGGCCCAACAGUUACAAAUGUUUCAACUGGACUGGUUGUGCAGGAAAAAGAGAAAAGAGUAUCUGUUUAUUCUUCUCUUAUACGGAAUUUCUUGGAAAAUAAGCCAGGCUCCUCUUGUGAAGGAGAGCUAGAAGUUGGAAGUACAGUAGAAGUCAAAGUGUCUUACAUUGAAAACCCUGGCCAUUUCUGGUGCCAGCUGACCAGGAACAUAAAAGAACUUAAAACUCUGAUGUGUAAUAUUCAGGACUAUUGUAAGAAGACAGCUACUCCUUACCAGGGAACCAUUCCUGCUUGCUUAGCAAAACGAACAGUAAAUGGAAAAUGGUCCAGAGCUCUGAUUAGUGGGGCACAAUAUUCAGAGCAUGUCAAUGUAAUAUUUGUAGAUUAUGGAGACAAAGACAAGGUAUCUGUGAAGAAUAUUUAUUCAAUUAGUGAAAAGUUUCUCAAAGUGAAGGCUCAGGCUUUUAGGUGCAGUCUUUAUAAUUUAAUUCAACCAACUGGUCCAAAUCCCUUUAUUUGGGAUGAAGAGGCAAUACAAGCUUUUAGUAACUUUGUGGAUAAUGCAUGGGAAGACAAUCUAGAAUUAAAAUGCACAAUAUUUGCAUUGGCUUCAAUACAUGAUGAAGAACUGUUGGUCGUCGAUUUGCUAACACCCUUUCAGAGUGCAAGCCAUUUUUUGGUAGAAAAGAGACUUGCAAGACGAGUAAAGCUUCUGAAACCUCUGGAGCCCUCUGUUCAGCUACAUUCUUAUUACUAUUCAACACAUGAUAUGAGAAUUGGAAGUGAAGAAUCAGUGUAUAUAACACAUGUUGAUGACCCUUGGACAUUUUAUUGCCAACUGGAAAAAAAUGCAAAUAUUUUAGAACAGUUGUCAUGUAAUAUUACACAGUUAAGUAAACUUUUGCUGAAUUUAAAAACAUCUCCCUUGAUUCCUGGGAACUUGUGUCUUGCCAAGUAUACUGAUGGAAUCUGGUAUAGGGGUAUAAUAAUAGAAAAAGAACCAAGUAAAGUCUUCUUUGUUGAUUUUGGGAAUGUUUAUGUGGUAACAACGGAUGAUCUGCUUCCAAUACCUAGUGAUGCAUAUGAUGUCUUACUUUUGCCCAUGCAAGCUAUUAAAUGUUUAUUAUCUGAUAUUCCUGAUCAUAUACCAGAAGAAGUUACAACAUGGUUAAAGGAGACUAUUUUAGAUAAGUCAUUGAAGGCUUUGGUCGUAGCAAAAGAUCCAAAUGGAAGACUGAUUAUAGAACUAUAUGAUCAUAGUAUUCAAAUUAAUGCUAAUAUUAAUGAGAAGUUAAGGCUACUUGGUUAUAAGGGUGGGACAAGAAAAAAAGAAGCCCUCCUCUCUGCAACCGAAACACUUGAAGUAAAACAGGAGAAUAAGAAGUUGUCACCAACAGAGUAUUUAAGUAAAACAGAGAACAAGUCAUACAGUGUGGAGAUGCUGGGAGAAUCUAAGGCCAGCUUAGUGUGUAAGGAGCCCAAACUCUUACAAAGUUCAACAAAGGCAACCUUAAUCACUCCAUAUCAGGACUCUGUGGAAAAUAAAAAUAAUCAAGUGUCCCCAUUAACAAUAGAAAAGAAAGAUGAAAAUUUUGCUGAGCCACCUUUGAAAGUCACAAAACUAGAAGGUACUCUUUCAGAGAGAAAAACAGGAGAUUCAUACAGCAAAGAUUUGCCUCUAAAAAUUUCUGAGAUCCCUCAGAAGACUAUACUGCCUGGAUUUAAAACAACUGUAUAUCUUUCUCAUAUAAAUGAUGUUUCUGAUUUUUAUGUUCAGCUAAUGGACGAUGAAGCUGAAAUUACUUGUCUUUCAGAGAGAUUAAAUGAUAUUAGAGCAAGGCCUGAAUAUUAUGCAGGUCCACCGCUGCAAGGAGGAGAUUUAGUGUGUGCCAUUUUUCCAGAAGACAAUUUAUGGUAUCGUGCCAUGGUCAUGGAACAAGAGUCAGAUGACCUUGUCUCUGUACAGUUUAUAGAUUAUGGCAAUAUGUCUAUGGUUCAUACUAACAAGAUAGGCAAGCUUGACCUUACUAAUGCACUAUUACCAGGAUUGUGCAUUCACUGCUCCUUAAGAGGAUGUUGGGUUCCUGAGAUUUUAAACUGUAAGGAAAUGAUGCAUUACUUUUCUCAAAGGACAGAUGAGGCUCAGAUAAGAUGUGAAUUUCUCAAAUUUCAAGACAGAUGGGAAGUUAUUCUUGCUGAUGAACAUGGGAUCAUAGCAGAAGAUAUGAUUAACAGAUAUGCUUUCCAUGAAAAAUCUCAAAUAGGACCUUCUACCCAAAUAAUUAAAAAUAUCAGUUCACAGUCUGUCAACAGAUCAGACAUAGACAUUUCAAUAUUUCUUAACUGGUAUAAUCCAAAGAUGAAGGUAAUAAGAGCAUAUGCCACUGUGGUAGAUGGACCUGAAUAUUUUUGGUGUCAAUUUGCUGAUACUGAGAUACUUCAGUAUUUAGAAGAAGAAGUACAAACUGCUGGAGAACUGCUAACAGAUGGGAGAAGUUGUAUCUCAUGUCCUCAUAUUGGAGAUCCUUGCAUAGUGAGACAUAGAGAAGAUGGGCAUUAUUAUAGGGCACUUAUCACCGAUAUUUAUGAAGAAUACCUUGUAUCCGUCAGGCUUGUGGACUUUGGAAACAUUGAAGACUGUGUGGACCGAAAAGCACUCUGGAACAUUCCUUCUGAACUUUUGGUGGUUCCCAUGCAAGCCUUUCCAUGUUGCUUGUCAGGAUUUAAUAUUUCAGAAGGCAUGUGCCCUCAAGAAGGAAAUGACUAUUUUUAUGAAAUAGUAACAGAAGAUAUGUUGGAAAUAAGAAUAGUAGAAAUCAAAAGGGAUGCUUGUGAUAUUCCUUUAGCAGUUGUUGAUCUGAAAAGCAAAGGUGAAAGUAUUAAUGAGAAAAUGAAGAAAUAUUCUAAGAUUGGUAUGAGUAACAGUGAUCUGCUCUAUGAGAAAAAUGGCCCAGGGUUAAAGGAAACACUUGAGUGCCUCAGUCCUGAUGUUGGACAUGAGAAACUGAGCAGUAAAGCUGGAGAAGGUAAAACACUAUAUGUGGAACCACAGAUGGAUGAGCUCUCUGAAAGAAUCGAAAACGAUCUAAACGUUAUGGAAAGCAAACAAAGUAAAUUCUGUGACUCUGAACCUGAUGACCUGUUUGAAGCUUUUGAACACCCAGAUAAAGAAAAAAUUGGGACUGAGGCACUGGAAGGUAAAGUAGAGUGCCAUUUGGUUGACAAAGCAAAGUUUGAUGACGAAUACCUAAUGACAGGAUUUAACACAUCAUCCCCUUGUGCUGGUCAACCAAAGGAGCUGUUAGAACUGAUUUCACUUGAGGUGCCACUUUCUCCUGAUGAUGAAUCACAAGAAUUCUUGGAACUAGAAUCCAUUGAGCUACAGCAUUCUCUAGUUGGGGAUGAAGAAAAAGCAGAGCUAGGCCUGGCAUCUCUGAUGGCCCUACUCCCUCAAUGCUGUGACACAGAAGAAGCUGUCCUGCCACCAUUGACAGCGAAGCUUCCCCUCAACAGUGAAGCCGAGAAGCAGCCAGAGCCAGAAUUAUCUACAGCCCAGCUGUGUCUAGAUGAUAAAAUAAACCCUUUGUCUUUAAGAGUUAGUCAGGAAGCCCAAGAACCCAUGUGUGCUGAGGAUACGAGAAAAUCAAACUGCGUGGAAUAUUUUGAUGACCAGCAUAGGUUACCACUGCGUCUCCAUGGAGAGAAGUGUGAUCCUGAAAUGCAGGUUCGAUUGAACAUACAUCAAGAAGAACUUACAGAACAUACAAGCAGAGAUGCUGCUGCAUCCCUGACUUCUUUGUUCUCUGAAGAAUCCAGAGAUGGAAGAAAACACAAUAAGGCUUUACAAGAUCAUGCCUUAGCUCAAACAGAGAACACUUACCCUCUGAAGGGAUUUACCGUUGGUUCCAAAUGUGUUGUGUGGUCAAGCCUAAGAAGCACAUGGUCUAAAUGUGAGAUUUUGGAAAUAGCUGAAGAAGGCACAAGGGUUUUGAACCUUUCAAAUGGUGCGAAGGAGAUAGUGAACCCUGAGAAUGUCUGGAAUGGCAUACCUGAGUUGGAUAAGAGUCCAUCUGGGAAAAGGGGUCUGAAGGUGAUGGAGAUUUAACGGUGGAGCCAUAGAUGUGGCCAGUGAGAAACUGCUCUUAAGCAAGUGGACUCUUAUCCAGACCAACAGAGUAUUUGAGAAAACUAAGAGCAUGUAAUCACAAGAAGUUGUCAUUUUUUAAAACUUUGAUGUGUCAGAAACAAA